UGGACAAGUGUAGUGCGCGUCUUGGACACUGCGUUUCGCUCUCUGCAUUCCUUCUCAAGGAGCUCCCCACCACCUCCCUCCCUACCACAACAGUAAGAUAGCAGAGAGCCCAUCUACAGUAACAGAGGACAGCCACUCUGUAGCCGUACGCCCUGCGGCUAGUGUAAUAGUUUACAGAAAGUCUGAAAGUGCGACUUCCGAACCGCCCGCGCGCUGCCUAACUGCUCAGGAAAUAGUACGGAGUUUUGGAACAUAAUUUCCCCAAAGGAGUGACGAGAUUCUGGAAUUACUGGAGUUGUGAACAGGUUGACGCUCAAGAGCAGCUCAUCUUUCGAGAAAGGACAGACUUUUGAACAGUAGGAGUUCAGGAUGGAGAAAGCGCAACUGUUUCUGACCCUUGUCAUUCUACUGAUGCAAUGCCUUCCCAGUGUCCCUGUUACCGUGUCAACAACCACACCCAAGGUGGAGGUCCGUGAGAACUCUGAUGCGGUUCUGAGCUGUGAUUUUCGGACCGAGAAGGAAACGAAUCCUCGAAUCGAGUGGAAGAAGAAAGGAACAGAUGUAUCAUUUGUUUACUAUGAGGGACACUUCAGAGGAGCCUUUGCGGGGCGUGCAAGGAUCAAGGGGGCAACGGUGACCCUACAGAGGGUGACCCAGAAAGAUGCGGGUGAAUACCGCUGUGAGAUCACUGCCCCUCAUGACACCAUCACCCUGGGGGAGACUAACAUUACCCUCACAGUCUUGGUUCCCCCCCACACCCCAUCCUGUGAGAUCCCCAGCUCGGCCCUGACGGGCUCUAUUGUGCAGCUGCGCUGUAUGGACCAGCAGAGCAUCCCCCCAGCCACCUACUCCUGGUACAAAGACGACAAGCUGCUGACCCCCUCCCGCAUGGCCAAUGCCACCUACCACCUCAACCCAGUCACCGGCAUACUGGAGUUUAAGACGGUGGCGAGAGGCGACACGGGACAGUACAGCUGUCUGGCAUCAAACAAAGUGGGGCAGUCCAAGAUGUGUGAGGCUAAACACAUGAAGAUAGAGGAUGUAAACAUGGCAGGGGUCGUUGCUGCGGUCGUGGUCAUCUGUCUGGUCAUCGCCAUUUGUGCCUUCGGAGGGUACUAUGCACACCGUAAUGGCUACUUCAGCAGACACAGAGGAAGGUCAUUUUGGAUCCCUCAGUGUCAUGGUGUGGCCCACAUCAGCAGCCAGAACCUCCACAGAACAGAAGACAAGACUAAUGCCAACUACAGCCCUCCGCCCCAAGAUCCUGCGGACUUCAAACACACCCAGUCUUUCAUGCUGUGAGGCUCUCAACAACCCCCUAAGACACCAGUACCAUGACAACACUGGAGUAGUUUUAUUCAACCCAAAUGAAUCAAUCAUUUUUGGGGGACUGACCAACCCUGCUUUCCUCACCCUUGUGGAUGGAUAGCAAGGAGGGGCAGACAACUCUGCGUAGAGGCCAUUUAUUCCUCCUGUUUUGCUGUACCUGGGCCCUCAAUGCAAGCCUAUUAUAUUAGUCACAUGGUACUCUACUCCCCUCUAGUGGCCCAAGUUGUUUACCUACAGCCUAUCGCCCUCCUGUGGCAGACCCAUGGAAUUAUGUUCCACACAUGCUCACCUCCCCCUCAACUGGCCAAAACAUUAACUACCUAAAUCUUAUUUUAUACCAAAGACUUGAACAUGGCAUCAGUGUAAUAUAACAUACAUAUUUUCUGAUGGCUAUUGGAUAAGCAUUGAUGUGAACACAAGGGAGCAAUCACAUUAGGGCACUGCAAGAGGCGUUACUACAGACCCUGGUUCGAAUCCAGGCUGUAUCAUAUCCGGCGGCGCACAAUUGGCCCCGCUCUAUGGGACUGUUAAUAAGAACAAAUUCUUAUUUACAAUGGUCUACCCCGGCCAAACCCUAAAGACGCAGGGCCAAUUGUGCGCCGCCCUAUGGGACUUCUAAUCACUGCCGGUUGUGAUACAGCCUGGAAUCAAACCAGGGUCUGUAGUGACGCCUCUAGCACAGAGAUGCUGCACCACUCUGGAGCCCAAAAGUACAUAUCCCCCGUGUUAGUCUAAUUAGAAUACAGGUCAUUUAAAAAAAAAUCCACAUCAAAAUUCGUCUGUUUUAAGACGGAGAAAUUGUUUUUUGCAGUGUUUGUCAGACCAGGAGACAUCCCAAGUUUUAUGGAUUGCUUCCUCUCCAUUUUGAAUAUUGGCCAUCCACUAUAUUGCUUUCAGAACAGUGCAGGUGAAGGAGACACUUUAGGAUCGAUUCAGUGCUAUGAUUGCAAUUUAAAGGCGAUGUUCCUAUUUUCGCAGAGACUGCCUUCACGUUAAAUGCUGCAUAUGUUGGCUCAAUAGCGCUGAACUUCAGAAACAGUCAUUUAAUUGUGACCUUUGAGAUGGACCCCUGCUCACCUGAAUAUGCCCAGUGCAUUUCAAAUGUAGUUGUCAUAUUCUAUCUAGAGGCUCUUUUGUAAGUGUUUGUUUUGUUUACGCUAAAGGAUUAUUGUGCUACUGCAUUUUUUCCUAAAAGAUAGUAUGUUUCUUAGGCUAUGGAUGAAUGGGUUGCUGUAAGUGUAUUCUUUGUAAGAUGUUUACUCUGUAUUAAAGAUUUAUCAAUAAUUUCUCAA